AUGUCGACAGUCGCGAACGUCACGGCAGCUGCUGCGGAAAUGCAGCGGUACGUGGUGGAAGGGUUCGAAAGGAUGGGCGGGGGGAGGGGUGGGCUGGGUGUGUUCUGCCAUGCAGAGCCGUACGCGUACGUUGUGUUCCACUGCCACACGGUGGGGAAGGGGAUGAUGAGGGAGUACGCGGUGAGCUUGAAGGGGAACGACGGGAGCCGAGUGGAGGCGAUCGCAGUUUGUCACCUGGACACGACGUCGUGGAAUCCACAGCACGUGAUGCUCCAGGUGCUGCAAGUGAAGCCGGGUAGUGUAGAGCCGGUGUGCCAUAUCCUGCCCAGCGAUCAUGUCCGGUAG